AUGACGCCAUAUUCAAUCCUCUUCAAUUUCCCACUAAUCUCCGCCAUUGUUGCAUUCUUCGUUGCUCAAUCAAUGAAAAUACUAACCGUCUUGUACAAGAACAAAAUAUUUGAUCCAAAACAACUCAUCGGAUGCGGCGGGAUGCCAUCUUCUCAUUCAGCUACCGUGACUGCUCUCGCUAUGGCGAUUGGGCUUCAAGAAGGAUUUGGAGGAUCAGCUUUUGCUACUGCAUUGAUUCUAGCUAUCAUUGUCAUGUAUGAUGCUACUGGUGUAAGAUUUCAAGCGGGACAACAAGCUGUGGUUCUUAACCAAAUUGUUGUUCAACUUCCGGCUGAACAUCCUUUGUCUUAUAGGAUUCCGCUCCGUGAGGUUCUUGGACAUACUAUGCCUCAGGUUGUUGCUGGUGGGUUGCUUGGAAUUUUAGUAGCGAUUCUUGGUCAUGUAAUUGCUAUGUAA